GGCAGUACACUGAUGCUACAGCAAGGAGACUAGGCAUGUUGAAACUUGGUGCAGCCAUUAAGGCUAACAUGCAGGCUGAUGACAGUGUCAUUGAUAAUGAGGUUCUCUACUAUACCAACAGCAUAGGAUUUCUGGAGGUGGACAGUUUGAGUGACCUCUGCAAGUACACAAACACUAAGAAGGAAAAUUUCAAGAUAGCAUACCCGUCCAAUGCAUAUGUUGAUGGCAUUCCCAGUGCAGUUAAUGAGAAACCAUAUUAUCACUUUGCAGACAGGUUCGGGCUCUCAAGAUGCUAUCUCCAUGACACUGUUCCCAGCCCUUUCUCCCGUAGCAAGUUUAUUGUCUGCCGAGGUAAACAAGAUGGCCGCCCAGCUUCCUCUCCCAUUACCCUGCUGUACCUUGGCAGUCAUAGAUUGGCCGCCAAAAGUCUCGGCACAGUGUCCCAUGGCGGCAGUGUGAUAAAACUUGAAUCUUAUGAUAUGGGUUUACUGGUGUGUUCCUGGACAACAGAAGAAGGAGUAUGUCACGUCCCAGACAUGUCAACAUUGGGAAUUCCAGUGGAUGUAAACAAGCUACACAAGUAUGCAGCAGACGACAUUCCCUAUAUCCCAUCUGCUUACAACCAUCUCAAAGUACACCGGGCAGUAGGGAAGCUUGUCAGGGCUGUACCAAAGAAGUCUUUUGGAUUUCUUAGUAAAUUACUACCGGCCGAUCCUCUUUAUGACUGCAUAGAGCCAGAGAAAUUGAAAUUCCCUGAGAAAGAAUUAUUUAUUCAUCUCGACACCAUUAAAGAUUCUGGAUUUUCCAAUCAGUUGGUGGCAGGCAGCAUAUUUGAUGUGUUUUAUGCCAAACUAAAGACACAUACUAACAAAAGGGAGAGUAAUCCUAGAGCAUUUUAUGUGUUGAAUAUUAUUAGAACUUUAAAAAAUGUUUUCAGAGAAGGUGACGCAAAGAAAGAAAAACCCAGCCCCUUGUUUGAGGAAAACACAGGAAGAAUGCUGGCGGAAAUGUUUGGAUCAGAUGAUUGCACCCCACCAGAUGGCAGUUCAGCCAAGAAAAUCUCCAUCCAGAGACAUCUCACAUUAGACCCAGAGAAGUCAUUUGAAGAAAACAUGGUUGUGCUUGGUUUAAACAGUGAUGAAGAGAUAGACGAGUAUAUGAGAACCAAUUGGUUCAGUGGUGCCCUUGCUGUCAAAAGAGGAAAAAGGCAGCAGAUGAUGUGCUCUAUAGAACCCGACCCAUGCCUGUCGCUAAACAGAUUCAUGGAGCGUUACAUCACUUGGCGGUAUGGGAAAAACUGGCAUCCGUACGCAUUUGGGCCAUGUAGCUAUCACAAUGUGCUGCGCUCCUUCAGAUGUGUGGUUUAGGAUGGUAGAUGUGUCAGUAACUGAAUGAUUUGAUUAGCCUAAGCAACCAAGAAACCUACUGCACUCAUAUAAACAUAUGGUAUUGCAAAUGGUAGAUGUAAUUAACUGAUUAGUUUGUUUAAACUUAACAACAUUU